AUGGGAGAGGUUGGAAUCUUUAAAAGAGGUCUAUGGACUCAUAUGGAUAUUUGUCCCUAUAUUUUCUCUUAUAUUGGGAAUCAUAACAGGUGUACUAGUAAUUGUGUGGGAUACAACAACGUAUUGGACCUGAAUACGCGGCCCGCUGGGAAUUCUUCAAGCUCUAGCCGACGGGACAAAACUACUUUUCAAGAAGAUCUUCGUCCAUCUAGAGGAAAUACUCCUUUAUUUAGUAUUGGACCAUCUAUAGCAGUUAUUUCAAUUUUACUAAGUUAUUCUGUACUUCCCUUUAGCAAUCACCUUGUUUUAGCGGAUCUCAAUAUCGGUGGUCUGCGAGCUGCUGCCCAAUCGAUUAGUUAUGAAAUACCAUUAACUCUAUGUGUUUUAUCAAUUCUCUACCGUGCGAUUCGUUGA